GAGGCGUUCAUACAACCUCUCCGGUCAGAUCCGGGGAUUGCUUGCCUGUUCCUCAACAAGCCCCAGACCAAGAAUGCAAUCUCCAAGAGGAUGUUGCAGGAACUCCAAGAAUGUCUGUACACCGCCAAGUUCGACAAGAGCAUCCGUGCACUUGUCGUACGGUCAACGAGUGCAAAUACCUUCUGUGCAGGUGCCGAUUUAGCUGAACGACGUACCAUGUCACCAAUGGACGUUAACAAGUUCCUCGCCGAUCUUCGCUCGACGCUGGGUCAACUCGAAGCUCUCCCGAUGCCUACCAUCGCUGCAAUAGACGGACCGGCGCUCGGAGGCGGUCUUGAACUGAGCUUUGCCUGUGACUUGCGGGUAAUAGGACACGACGUAACCAAAAUCGGACUUCCUGAGACGCGUCUUGGGAUUAUUCCUGGUGCUGGGGGCACUCAGCGUGCUGUACGGCUCCUUGGGUUGGCCAAAGCGAAGGAUCUUAUCUUCACUGCGCGAAUGCUGACAGCUACUGAAGCUCUGCAAUGGGGGGUAGUCGAUUAUGUAUCUACUGCACCAUCCACAGGGUUCGAUCGUGCACUCGAACUCGCACGAGAUAUCGCAAAGAGUGCACCUUUGGCACUCCGCGCGGCUAAGCAGGCCGUAUCACGCGCAGUGGACUUGCCGCUGGAGUCCGGGUUGGAUUUUGAGAGAGCCUCGUAUGAAGUGCUCCUCGGCACCAAAGACCGCAUCGAGGCCCUCGAGGCGUUCAAAGAGAAGAGGUUGCCAGUGUUUAAAGGCGAGUAG